AAACAAAAGAAAAAUUUUAAAUAUUGUUUUAAAAAACAUUAGGGGAGAGGCACGAGGUUGCUUAUUAUUAAGUGCUUACAGAGUCGGAUGCAUUUUCAAAGCUGGUUACAAUCAUUACCACAGCACACCCUUGUGAGGAGCGGUUGUGCGAUCAGAUCGAUCUAAGAUGGCGACUGUGGAACCGGAAACCACCCCUACUCCUAAUCCCCCGCCUUCAGAAGAAGAGAAAACAGAAUCUAAUCAGGAGGUUGCUAACCCAGAACACUAUAUUAAACAUCCUUUACAGAACAGAUGGGCACUCUGGUUUUUUAAAAAUGAUAAAAGCAAAACUUGGCAAGCAAACCUUCGGCUGAUCUCUAAGUUUGAUACUGUUGAAGACUUUUGGGCUCUGUACAACCACAUCCAGUUGUCUAGUAAUUUAAUGCCUGGCUGUGACUACUCACUUUUUAAGGAUGGUAUUGAGCCUAUGUGGGAAGAUGAGAAAAACAAACGAGGAGGACGAUGGUUAAUUACAUUGAACAAACAGCAGAGACGAAGUGAUCUGGAUCGCUUUUGGCUAGAGACACUGCUGUGCCUUAUUGGAGAAUCUUUUGAUGACUACAGUGAUGAUGUAUGUGGAGCUGUUGUUAAUGUUAGAGCUAAAGGUGAUAAGAUAGCAAUAUGGACUACUGAAUGUGAAAACAGAGAGGCUGUUACACAUAUAGGGAGGGUAUACAAAGAAAGGUUAGGACUUCCUCCAAAGAUAGUGAUUGGUUAUCAGUCCCAUGCAGACACAGCUACUAAGAGCGGCUCCACCACUAAAAAUAGGUUUGUUGUUUAAGAAGACACCUUCUGAGUAUUCUCAUAGGAGACUGCGUCAAGCAAUCGAGAUUUGGGAGCUGAACCAAAGCCUCUUCCAAAGCAGAGUGGACUGCAUUUAAAUUUGAUUUCCAUCUAAAUGUUGCUAAGAUAUAAGAGAAGUCUCAUUCGCCUUUGUCUUGUACUUCUGUGUUCACUUUUUUUUUUUUUUUUGGCUAGAGUGUCCAUUAUCCCAAUCAAAGAAUUACAGUACACAUCAUCCCCAGAAUCCAUGAAUGUGUUCCUGGCCCACUCUGUAAUAGCUUAGUAGAAUUACCAUUAUAAACACAUUUUACCCAUCCACAAUAUUCAAAAAAGAACUUGCAUUUCUAUACCUUAAAGGAAAAAAAUUCUGUUUAUGUUCCAUUGUAUGCAGGAGCAUAUUUUGCUGGUUUGAAAGAGUAUGAUGCAUACAGUUUUCUAGCAAUUUUCUUUGUUUCUUUUUACAGCAUUGUCUUUGCUGUACUCUUGCUGAUGGCUGCUAGAUUUUAAUUUAUUUGUUUCCCUACUUGAUAACAUUAGUGAUUCUGAUUUCAGUUUUUCAUUUGUUUUGCUUUUGUUUUUUUCCUCAUGUAACAUUGGUGAAGGAUCCAGGAAUAUGACACAAAGGUGGAAUAAACAUUAAUUUUGUGCAUUCUUUGGUAAUUUUUUUGUUUUUUUGUAACUACAAAGCUUUGCUACAAAUUUAUGCAUUUCAUUCAAAUCAGUGAUCUAUGUUUGUGUGAUUUCCUAAACAUAAUUGUGGAUUAUAAAAAAAAAAUGUAACAUCAUAAUUACAUUCCUAAUUAGAAUUAGUAUGUUUUUGUAUCUUUAUGCUGUAUUUUAACACUUUGUAUUACUUAGGUUGUUUUGCUUUGGUUAAAAAAUGGCUCAAGUAGAAAAGCGGUCCCAUUCAUAUUAAGACAGUGUACAAAACUGUAAAUAAAAUGUGUACAGUGAAUUGUCUUUUAGACAACUAGAUUUGUCCUUUUAUUUCUCCAUCUUUAUAGAAGGAAUUUGUAUUUCUUAUUGCCAGGCAGUCUCUAUUGUGUCUUAUAGUGUCUUCCACGUGAGCAGCAUAAGUUUGGAGCACUAGUUUAUUCUGUUUAUUAUAAUUUUUAAUAAAUUGAAUAGGUAGCAUCAUAUAUAUGGAAUUAAAUUGAUGUGACUAUCUUUGUUUUUUUAUAAAGGAAGGCAUAGUCCUUCAGUCAUAGGUAAAUAAUGUACUCUUAAUGUAUUAAAACACAAGAGAAUUGUUAUCUUGGUGCAUUACCAUUUGAUUGGUAGGAAUGGUAGUUGUAAAACUUGGUUGCUGAAUUGAGAUGUUCUUUUGUAAGUGUCAAAAUGAUAGCAUAGGGAAAGAGUACAGGUGGUGGGGGCAUAUACAUUAAGAAUUUUGUUAGUGUUGCUGUCUAAAUAGAAUGGAAUAAACAGGUACGAAGACUUAUAUUUAUAUUGGUAAAUUGGUGUAGUAUGGUUUUAUGUAAAUUUGAAACGUGAUCUACUCUUUGUAGGCAUUUGAAAGCACAUUUGAAAAAUUUUGUAUAUAGUUGUGUAUUUCAGAUGCAGUAAAAUGAAAUGGCUAUUGUAGACAAAAGAAUAAGCUAAACUUCUAGAUAGAAUGAAAAUGAUUAGAUGAGAGGAAAAUUUGUGUUUAAAUAGUCAUUAUGAAUUAAUCAUUUAAGAACUGAAAAGUUUGACAAAACUCAUAUAAAGUAAACAUGAAAUUAAUAGUAUUGACUUCAUUGAAGAAUUUUAAAACUUCAGUUUAAAGGGUGCCACAGGCUACCAUCUGAGUACUCUCAAUACCACAGACACCUCUUGUUCAGUAUUCUAGAAACACUGAAUCUCUUGUGUUUAUAAUCUCACUAGACUAUAGCUAAUAUCUGCUGCUUAAGCUUGGGUGCUUGGUUAAGUGAUUUAUUGUCUGUGUUGAUAUGUGUAGUUGUGAGCACUUCAAGAGCUUGCUUAUAAGUGAUGGUGGUGUGUUGGCAAUGGGUGGGAUUGGAGUAGUAUAUCUAUUAGAAAUUAAUGCUCUAGUUCCUUAAUUCUAAGAUGCAGUCCAUUUGAAGAAGCAUCAGCUUUCAGGAGUGGAGGAGGAAUAAUGCAUUAAAUGUACACAUUUCUGAAUUUUAAAAAACCUGGUUUAUAACAAGCAUUUGAUUAUCCUUAUCAUUACCAUUUUAGAAUCAUAAUCAGUUUUAUUUUAAGUCUUUUCCCAGUGGGUGGGGAGGAUGAUAAAUUACUGAGUCACUUUUGGCAGAUGCCACCUAAGUAUUACAGUGACUUGCAACUUUUCAUAAUUUCAUUAGCGUCUUUUCUAAAUAUAAGAUUAGACUAUAUGAUUUUUCUAACUUUUUUCUCCCUGUCCAACAGGAUAUUAUAAAUAAAUAUAUUUUCAUAAUAGAGAAUUAAAAUCUUUUAACAGAAUUGUAAUUAAUUGUAGGGUGUGACAUAUUUAACCAAUUUAAUUGUUAAUCCAAUUCUACAGAAGGAUUUGAGACAUACUGUAUAAGAAUUAAGUAAUUACAAUACUUAUGUAAUACUUACUUUGUGCCAGACAGUGUUCUAAGCACUUUACAUGCACUUUAACCUGCACAGUAAUUAUUUGAUGUAGGUGCUGUUAUCCCUGUUUUAUAGAUGAAACAGAAGCAGUGAGGAUGUAAGUCACUGUACAGCUUGUAAAUUGCAAAGUGUGGAUUUCAUUCCAGAGACCCUGUAAAUCACAUCAUACUCUUAAUCUUAAUAGUGUAGAGCCUAUCUUAGAGUCUGUGGUAGAUCACAUCAGAUUGUAGUCAUUUUAUAGGCCAGGCAUUUUACUUACAUUUUAUUUCCUUUGGUAAUGAAAACGUAAAAUAGUCCCCCUAGGCUCACUCUGUUAGCAAUCAACUAAAUUAAUCAUCUGGAGGAGUUUUGAGAAUGUGGAGAAAAAGAUACAGGAGUUCACAGAUACUGUUCAGUUGUAUUAGUUAAGUGGAUAUUUUCAUAUACAACUUUUAAGUGUCUAUAUCCUGUUAUCUUCUAAAAUAAAUGGUAAAAUAAAGCAAAAUUUUCAAGUUGAUAGGAGUAAAGGUUCUUAAAUACCAUAGUUUGCAUUUAAAAGGAUAAUUUUCUAAGGCAGUGUGAUAAUGCGAUGUUUUACAUUUUAAAAUUAAAACAAGUUAAUGACAA